CGAGGAGGCGGGGUUGCGCAUGCGCAGCAACUUCGGCAGGGAAGAUGGCGGAUGACAAGGAUUCCCUGCCCAAGCUUAAGGAUCUGGCGUUCCUCAAGAACCAGCUGGAGCACCUGCAGCGGCGCGUGGAAGACGAAGUCAGCAGUGGUGUGGGCCAGGAUGGCUCGCUCUUGGCCUCCCCGUUCCUCAAGGGCUUCCUGGCCGGCUAUGUGGUGGCCAAACUGAGGGCCUCAGCCGUAUUGGGUUUUGCCGUGGGCACCUGCACUGGCAUCUACGCAGCUCAGGCAUAUGCUGUGCCCAAUGUGGAGAAGACGUUGAGGGACUAUCUGCGGUCACUGCGCAAGGGGCCUGACUAGUCU